UCAAAGUUAAAAAGUAAUUUUACUUUUUAGUGUUAUUUCACAUAUCCGAAAAAAAUGGCUAGUUCGAAGAAAUAUGACAAACCAAGUAUACUUAAACACGCUGCUAUGCAAAUUAUAUCCGGAGGCUCUGCAGGCUUUGUAGAAAUAUGCAUGAUGCAUCCACUAGAUGUCAUUAAAACAAGAUUCCAAAUUCAGAGAGGAGCAGAUGAUCCAAGUCGAUAUACCUCAAUAUUUGAUGCCUUUAAAAAGAUGUUUAGGAAUGAAGGCCCAUUGUCAUUCUACAAAGGAAUAUUGCCACCCAUAUUGGCAGAAACUCCUAAACGAGCUGUAAAGGUAUGAGGAAAGAACUUUGUUUAAUCAUUGUUUUGCCUAUAAAUAUUUAGUUUUAUUGACUUGCAAAUAGCAAUUUUCCUACCAACUAAUGUGGUGCAUAAAGUUAAUUUAAAGGAGUUUAAGGGUAAGCUGGAUAAAUAUUCGAAUGAAGUUUUUCUUUUGAGGGUUUAGUUUAAUUUAGUGGACAUGACAGCUUAUAUGGACCAAAAGGUCCUUUGUUGUCCUUUAACCUAUAUUACUUAUAGAGAUUUGAAAGCAUUGUUCCGAUAUUGUACACUAUUUCUUCUUACAUAAAUAGCUAUUCUUGUUCAGUGCUGCCCUCUAUAUGCACAAACAAAUUACAUGCCACAAACUUUCUAUCUCCCAUCCAUUGGAAUUGAUUGAUUCCAAUGUGUCUUUCAUGCAAAUUAUCAUGAGUCAACUCUCCACCAGUAGGAGUGUGACACUCUCAUGACACAUGUGACUCCCUCUAUUACAUUUUACCUAACUAUCACUUUUUGUUUCGCAAUUCUCGUGUUCAGACGUUUUUUGCUUUUUAUGUGCUUUGCACUCAAAAUAGUUUUAAUUCCAAAGUGGGAUUUCUUCAUUAAUU